AUGUGGGUAACGAAGGCCCGCUUUAAUGUUCGACUUCUGGUCGUGACUGCAUGCGUGUUGGCCGCCGAAGGAGUUUCCCCCCCUGCCGUUAGAGUGGAGAUCGACGGUGGCUUUCAGGGCAAACCGGACAACGAGCAGGCUCACAGCUACAGAUCCCUCGAAAGAGCCCCGCACACAGCCUCUGGUGAUGGACUGCACAAGGCGACGGUGGGAAGACCGGCAUCGUUUACAAUUCAGUUGGUGGGGCACCAACUCGGCUCGCUGCCUGAAUGGAAACCAAACACCAGCACACGUUUCAUCUACGUGUGGAUCGCGAAUAAGGAUCAGGUGGGACAGUCGUAA